CCUUAGAACAAUAUCUGAAGCAAGCAUGUCAAGCCUCAAGCGAUUCGAGCUGAAUCGCUGGAUCCAUCAGUACCACCACGAGGCCAAAUAUGACCUGGCGGGCAGCUGUUGCGAUCCAAUCGCGAUUGAAACGCUCUUGCAGUGGUCUAAAGAAGAGGGCGAGCAGCCUCCUUCCGAGCUGGAUCUCUUCAAGACGGCCCAGUCCUACGCCCCCAUGGGCGGCGACCCUCGGCUACGGCUGCGUAUCGCGCAGUCCUUCUACAGUAGGUCUUCGCUCGGUACAGAGAAUGUAUUGGCGACGCACGGCGGCAUCACAGCCAACUUUGCCGUCUUUCUAGCGCUGGUUAGAGCGCCGUCGCACGUUGUAUGCACCUUUCCCACCUAUCAGCAGCUCUACGACGUGCCCAUGAGCCUGGGCGCAGACGUGAGCCUGUGGAAAGCCCGACCGGACACGCAUUGGCGAGGGAGCAUGAAGGAGCUUGAAGGCUUGCUGCGACCGUCGACAAGGCUGCUGGUCCUCAAUCAUCCCAACAAUCCGACGGGCCAGGUCUUGAGCAGAGGUGAGAUGACGCAGAUCAUCGACCUAGUCCGCAAAGCAUCACCCGAAUGCUACAUCCUUUGUGACGAAGCCCACGCGCCAAUUCUUCACUCGGCGGAUGGAGGGCAGACGGCGACCACAUUCAUGGAUGUAGCUACAGAUUCCGGUUUCAACAGGGCUAUUGUGACGGGAAGCUUCUCCAAGUCGCUCUCCCUUGCCGGCAUCAGGGUCGGGUGGAUCGCAACGCCGGAUCUGGCCCUCGUCGAGGACCUCACUACGUGCCUGGACCACACUGUCAUCAGCUGCACGAAGCUCGGUACCGAGCUUGCUCUCCUGGCGCUGUCGGACAAGAUUCGAACGCGGAUCCUCAGUAGAAAUGUGGCUCUGACGAGGGCAAACGCCGACGUGCUCAGAGCGUGGUGCAAGGCGCAGGGGCUGGAAAUGACCCCGUGCCUUGGAGGAGCUAUCAGUCUCGUUCACCUGGGCGACGACAUUGACGACGUCGACUUCUCGCAACGGGCUUGUCAAGAAAGCGGCACGCUCCUCGCACCCGCGAGCACCUGCUUUGAGACGCCGCACUGGGUCCGCGUCUGCCUCGGUGUCCCCACGGAGGAGCUUCGUGCCGGUCUGGAGGCGCUCUCGUCCUUUUUGCCACAGUACAGGAGGUAGCGCUUGAUAUCCUGACAUUAGUUGUGUCGAUGACACUGCAAGAGUUCAGAAGUCAUCAAAAGUCCAGUCGUGAGCAUGUGCGGCCCCAAUCACAUAUAGUAGUAGAAUGCAACUCGAAGC